AACACAUCGAAAUUUCCGGAAUAGCUAAAGGUCGAGUUAACGUGACAACAGCUCAACAUUGUGCCUGUGUAUAACAGCCAGAAAACCAAUAACUACUCUAAUAAUUCAAAAAUGCCAAGAGGAAGCAGAAGCCGGACUUCCAGGAUGUCCCCUCCAGCCAGCCGGGCACCACCGAUGGCCAGGGCUCCACCACCAAUGGCCAGGGCUGCACCCCCUCCCUCUCAUGCCCCGGCUCCAAUGCAAGCCCCUCCGUCUGCUGUGGGUGCUCCAGCUGCAGCACCCAGGCAGCCAGGUAUGUUUGCACAGAUGGCGACUACAGCCGCCGGUGUGGCAGUGGGCUCUGCAGUAGGACAUACCAUCGGCCACGCUAUGACUGGAGGCUUCGGUGGAGGACAAUCAGAGUCUGCCAAGCCUGAUGUCACAUACCAGGAGCCGUACCAGGCUCAGCAGCCACAGUCCAUGUACCAGCAGGAGGCCCCUCAGCAGCAUCAGGCCUGCUCUUAUGAGCUCAAACAGUUUGUUGAUUGUGCCCAAAACCAGAGCGACCUCAAACUGUGCGAGGGCUUCAGUGAAGUGCUCAAACAGUGCAGGUUCGCUAAUGGUAUGUCAUGAGACAGAGGAAAACCUGAAGAGUGAAGUACAUGAACAAACUGCAAUAAGCAACUAUACUGGAUACGAAGAGUGUGUGAUUCACAAGAGAUCAAUAAACAUAUUUUACUUUGACAGUUGAUUAUCUUCAGAAAACAUUGUAUUCAUUUCUCAGGAGAGCAUCAUACUGCUUGUAAUCAUAGUCUUAUAAAUAAUGUUUAUAUAUUUUGGUGUGGCAUGUUUUGAGUUGAUUUCAGUUGUCAGUGUUUCCAUCAGCUUCAUUGCUUUUGAUUUAAAUUUCAUCACAUACUCAAAAGUGAACUGCACUAGUUGCAGAUCGUGAUAACUUGUGAAACCACCACUUUCCAUUUUCUGGAGCAUAGAUAUGCACAGUUUUAUUGUAACAAAUUUAGGUUUAAAAAUAAUAAAGCACUUGGAACAUGAA